UACCCCCUCAUCGAUACGUGCAACUGAUACUACCCGGGAAAAACUCGACCUCACACGGCGAUCGGCUCUGCGUGUGUGCGUGUGCAUGUGUUUGUGCGUGUGUGUGUGCGCGUGUGUGUGUGUGUGUGUGUGUGCGCGCGCGCGCGCUUCGCAAACUUUUUUUUUUUUCCUCCGCGCAUGGUCCUGUGCGCGCGCUCUCUGUCUCGAUCUGCGCCUGGCACGGACCACGAGCACGAAAAAGUUUCUCUCGUGCGGGAUAAAAAAAAAAGGAAAAAAAACCAAAGGAUCUGGCGAGGAAUUACUUUAUACACCGACGAGCCCUGUCGAGUUUGACUUGCCGGCUAGAGGCAUUUAUUCUAAGUAUAAAGGACGGACCCAAUCGGCACCAUACUCCCCAUACCAUUCCCCCACGCUCUUUUCUCUCCACCCCUUCCCCCUGCCCCACUGAGCUCUCCGCUCACCCCUCCUCCUCAGCCGACCCCCCCUUCCAAGAUGGACCUUCACCACCGAGCCGCCUUCAAGAUGGAGAGCUCAUCGUACCUCCCUGGGCCACUGGCGUCCCCAGCUCUCAUGGUGCUGGCGUCAACGGCUGAUGCCAGCCGCGAUGCCUCUGCCCCGUGCCAGCAGCCCCGGCCAUUUGGCGCCCCCGUCUCUGUCUCAGAUAAGGACGUGCACCUACCAUUCGCCAACGGCUCCUACGCCUUCGCCUCCGUCUACCACCGGCAGCCUGGCUUUGGUGGACGUGACUUUGCGCCCUCUCUCCUGCACCUGCACCAUCAGUUUGCACCACCUGGCCUGGACUGUCCGCCAUCCAUCGGUGUGCUCAACCACGGUGCUGUCGGAGCCUUCCGGCCCUUCGCAUCGCCACCAGAAGAGCGUGAUUCGGCCUCAGGUGCCUACCAAUCAGCUUUCACUCCAGCGAAGCGCCUCAAGGGCUGCCUGGAGGCAGAAGCAUCUCCACACCUGCGCUACUCAGACGCCGAGGGCAAAGAGUAUGACUACGGUGGUGCCCACGUGCCCUCAGGCUCACCCGGUGCCCUCAAGGCUGUGGAGGAUGCCGGAAAGAAAAUCUUCGCUGUUUCUGGCCUGCUGUCCGACCGCGAGGCCUCAUCCAGCCCAGAGGACCGCAUUGAGCGCUGCAAGAAGAAGGUGUCUUUGUAUGACAGCCAGGCUCCCAUCUGCCCGAUCUGCCAGGUUCUGCUGCGUCCUGGAGAACUGCAGGAGCACAUGGAGCAGGAGAUGGAGAGGCUCACCCAUUUGCACAUCAGUAAGAACCCGUUACAGAAGGAUCUCAGCACAGCGCCCGGCACACCCAAGUCUCUCCUGUUGUCAGUGCACAUCAAGCGUGAGGGAGAGUCUCCAGUAAUCUCACCACUGUCCUCCGAUGACCCGCACCAUUCUGACAGAUACCAGACAUUUCUGCGCGUGCGGGCGAACAGACAAACACGACUGAAUGUCGGUGACCUCUGCUGGCGCAGGCGUUACGGCAAGGAUGUGCCCCGAGAUGUGCCCCUAGCUUCCUACUGCCUACACGACGCUCGGAUCGGCAAGCUGAAGCGGCGGAAGCCGGAAGAUGGACAGGUAUGUCCGCUGUGCAGCGCUCCGCUGGAAGGAACAGUUGAGGAAAUGAAUAGGCAUGUGGAAGAGUGUCUGUUAAAGAGGGAGGGCGGCAUGGAGGACGACCAAGCCGAAGCGGAAGGCGAGAAUGGCACCCGUUUCGAAGAGUACGAGUGGUGUGGCCAGAAGAGGAUCCGAGCCACCUCUCUGCUGGAGGGAGGCUUUAGAGGAACAGGCUUUGCCAUGUGCAGCACAAAAGAGAGCCAUGACAGCGAUGCUGACCUGGACGUGGACGGAGACGACACGCUGGAGUACGGCAAAGCACACAGGUACACCGAAGCAGAUAUCAUUCCCUGUUCCGGCGAAGACCAAGGGGAGACCAAAGAACGCGAGGCACUCCGUGGAGCCGUUUUAAAUGGAGGCAUGCCAUCCAACAGGAUAACACCGGAGUUCUCUAAGUGGGCUAGCGACGAAAUGCCGUCCACCAGCAACGGUGAGAGCAGCAAGCAGGAGGCCAGUUCCGCGUCGACAUCCACCGUGCCCAGGACCUGCAAAAACAGUGAGAUUGAAAAAAUCACAGAAGAUUCCACAGGCACCACACUGGACGCCCUGAAGGCUCGCAUCCGAGAACUGGAGAAGCAGAUCCUCAGAGGAGACCGAUACAAGUGUCUGAUCUGCAUGGACUCCUACACAGCGCCCCUCACCUCUAUCCAGUGUUGGCAUGUCCACUGUGAAGAAUGCUGGCUUAGGACUCUGGGAAACAAGAAACUGUGUCCACAGUGCAACACCAUCACGUCGCCAGGGGACCUCCGACGCGUGUAUUUGUGAACGAGCCACCACCAGCGUCCAGAUUCUUCCCCUGUUUUUGCUUUUUUAUUUUUGUCUAUUCUGUUCUGGUGGAUUUCAGUUUCCUUUUCCAGACUGAGAGUCUAGUGCCGAUAUUAGCGAGGAGCAUCUGAUGUAGCAGCAAACUGCACAGGGACUUGUAAGGACUAUGUAUAGACUCGGAACUUCCCUGUGAGUGAGAAGCUCCUCCCACUUCUUGCCCAGCCUCUGACUCUAAUCCCCCCACCCCCGCCCCUUUGUGGUGCUCCAUGUUCCGGUGCAGGUUCAUAACGCUGCUGCCCACUUCCCUGCUUCGCUUUGACACAUGCCUCUGUCCGUUAUGAUGGAGUGUGUGUUCGUGUGUGUCUGUGUGUGCAUGUUGGAUGGAUCUCUCUCUCUCUCUCUCUCUCUCUCUCUCUCUCUCUCUCUCUCUCUCAGCAAGUCCACUGAACUAGUCUUCAGCUGGUACAGCCCUACAUCCCGGCAGGGACAAAAAAAAAAAAAAAAAUAGUUUAGCCUCCACCCUUCCGUCACUUUCAUUCCUUUCUUCGAAGUGUCAUUGUGUUUUUUCUCUUCCACCCACACACAAUUUUCACUUCUUUUGUGGUGUUCUAGUGACGUCAACCAAAUUCAACGAACCAGUUCAAGCACAUGUAUUAUAGUCUUGUAUGUUUACGGUGUUGUGAGUUAAUGACAUAGAGAACACACUCGUAUACACACGCAUAACAUGCGCACACACUAGAAAAAAAAACCAAAAUAAAAAAUAAAAAAAACGACACACACGAGUAUAUAUUGCUAAAGUCCAGUUUUAGUUGGGGUCAGGGUCGGGUGGGUGAGGGGAGGGGCUGAUGUUUCAGUCUUUGUGGAAAAAGAAAUCCCUCUGUAUUUUUAAACGGGUGUUGUUGUCUUGAGGUUGAAGUUGUAUUUCAUUGUACAGGAAGAAAUUUAAUAAUAUUAAUAAUGAAGUACUCAAACUAGGCUUUAAAGGUUUAGGCUGUACGUUUUUUUGUUGUUGUUUUUUUUUCCCCCAACUCUGAUAUACGAUAUAAAAUGUAGAUUCAAAUCUAAAGCUCAACUUUUUUUUUUCUUUGCCUUUUUAAAAUAUUGGAAAUAUUGGACUGAUUUUAAUUUACUCUUAACCACCCUGAUGACAACAAAAUCAUUUGAAUGAGGAAUAAACAACUUUAUCAUUGUCA